AUGCUUACACUUCAGUAUGGCAUGGAACUUGAGGAGGAGGCCGAGGAUGAGGAUUGGUAUGAGGAGGAUCCAGAGAGUUACGAGGAGGAAGAGGAGGAGGAGGAAGAGGAAGAUGCCCAGACAGCAGAGAGUGAAACCAAAGCUGAAGAUUCUGAGCAGAAACCAGAAGAUGAGGAAGCAAAGGCUGAAGGGGAAGCCUCUGCUGCAGACAAUGGUCAGGAUGUGGCUCCUGAAGCUGAGGAUUCUGCUGAACAGGCCCUUCAAGAUGAGUCACCUAAAGCUGAAUCAACUGAGCAACGAGAAACACCUGAGCAACAAGCAUCGUCUGAGCAACAAGCAUCGCCUGAGCAACAAGCAUCCUCUGAGCAACAAGCAUCGUCUGAGCAACAAGCAUCGUCUGAGCAACAAGCAUCGCCUGAGCAACAAGAAUCGCCUGAGCAGGAAACAUCGUCUGAGCAACAAGCAUCUUCUGAGCAACAAGUAUCGUCUGAGCAACAAGCGACAGAUGAGCAACAAGCAUCGUCUGAGCAAAAUCCGGAUGAGCAACAAGCUGUAAGUGAACAGCAGGACAUGAGUCAGGAGCAGUCCGCAGGUGAACAAGCUGCAGGUGAACAAGCUGCAGGUGAACAAGCCGCAGAUGACCCGCAAACCACCGGUGAGCAAGAAGGAGCGGUCGAACAACAAGCAUCAAGCGACCAACAAGCCAAAUCUGAAGAGACAAAACCAGAUGAGCAGAACAUAUCGAAUAUCGAGCAAACUGAGACAGGAUCGCCUGAAGAAAAGUCUAGCGAUACGCAACAGCAGUCGACAGAGGAUAAACCAAGGGAAGAACAAACUGCGCAAUAA